AUGUUUUCAAGAUCACGUAGGACCCUCGAUCAUUCUGCAAAUGAAAAUUUCGAUGAUUCAACCUCAUCUUAUGCUGGAUCCAACAGCAACAGCAAUUCUGGAAAGCAUCAUUUCAAUGGUUAUAAUAACAACCUGUUUAAUGCUCACCUGAAUAGCAACUACCACAACCAUUACGGCAAUGGUAGUCUGAUUAAAAAUGUUCAGGAGAACAAGAAUGGGAAGCCAUAUAGCAUGGAUGAGGUGUUCCAGGUGUGGUACGAUAACCAGGACAAGAUAAUGAACUCAGAAGUGAAGACAGAUGGGAAUGAAAACUACAAAGUAUCCAAGCCGGAGCUUAUCUACCACUUGACUUUACAGGAGCAAUACCAGAAGAACAACCCAAAUUCUGGAGUUCAACUGCAAGGUGAUGCCCGUCAGGAAAACCUCGUCUCUCAAGAUGGCAAAGAAGGCAAUUUUUCUACCAAAGGGAACGCUGAGAGAUUUAGUGGUGAUAACAUUUCUGAGUCAUUGAACAAAUUGAAUUUGUCGGAUGAAAAAACUGGGCAGAUCCCUUUGUCAACAAAUCCAUUGAGUUUUGAGAGGACUCCCAGCUUUCAUGGAAGUUUUGGGAACAGCAACUCUGUUAGCUCGACUUUUUCGACUGAGCUCCCCCCAGGUCUUUCGCAACCUAAGGCACUAGUUUCAUCUGACAAACUCGAAUGGCUUUAUAUUGACCCCUCUGGGAAUGAACAGGGUCCAUUCAACGGUGAUAUGAUGCAGGAAUGGUUUACCGGUGGAUACUUGGAUCUUGAUUUGAGAAUAAGAAGAAAAGAGGAACAGGAAUUUAAAACGUUGAAAAGUUUAUGUGAUGCUGUACAAAAUUACAUCCAACCUUUCAAAGUUCCUUUGCCAGAUUUGACCAAGAAGGAGCAAGAUUUUGGGUUGGGAAACAGACAGUCGCUUCACAACUCAAUCCGUUUGCCUUCAUCGACUUUACCACAGUCUAUGUUUGCCGGCGACUUCAUCAAUUCACCGGCCAAUGAGACAUUUUCGGCCAAUCUUAACCUGCCAAUGACUAAUUUGAGCAACAUAAACACUGGCUUUCCAAGUGGACCAGGCUUUACAGGAAUUGACAAUUUUAAUCCACUGGCAGCCACAUCUGCAACUCAUGAUAGCUUUGACCAAAACUUUAAUUUGCCUUCUAUGCCAUCCUUAUUGCAGCAACAGAUUCAACACCAACAGAAACCAUUGCUCUCGAGAAAUAAUAGUAAUUGGGCAGUUGAUACAGGUUCGCCGCUUGUGGGCCAAGUAUCAGGUCCUGCUUCUGCAACUGGUUCCAGUGCCGGUAAUUUCAUUGGUGGUUUGAAUAAUCACGGUGCAAUUGGAAAUCCACAAAUGAGCCAACCUGCUCCAGUUUCGCCAUGGAUAUCGAGUGCUAACCUUGGCCAAUCAGUUUCUCGAAUCAACUCUCCUUUUACGCCAGGAGCAAGUACUAAUCAUAAUGUGGGUGGUUAUCCAGAUGUAAGACAUGACUCCUUAUCAGGCAAAGAAGAGGAUGCGAAUGAGAGCUUGGUUAUGAAUUCGGUUGUUACAGAUAUUUUACAAGAUGACAACGAACCUGCUGGUACCUCAUUUGCUGAAACUAAGGAGGAAGUUACUCCUACACCUCCAAAGAAGACAGCCGGCGAGAUAAAGAAAAAAGACGAACCUGAAGUCAAAGUAGCAGAAGCGGAAGAGGAGAUCACAGUUCCACCUACCAGAACUGUUGAUUUGAAACCUGCAAAACCACAAGCGUUGGCGCCAUGGGCAUCCAAAACAAAAACUGACGAUGCUAAGCAACCAAACUUGUCAUUGAAAGAAAUACAAAAGGUCGAGUCUGAAAAGUCUGAACAGCAAAAGAAGUUACAAAGCAAAUUAAAAGCCGAGCAGGCCCAAAAGGCAUGGGCAGCCAAUGCAGCAUCAGAGAAGGCAGCUGCUAUUGAACAGGAGAACAAGAAAACACAACUUCCGCCUACAUGGGGCGCUGCUUCUGACUCAACUCCCGUGGUGAAGUCCUUGGCCGAGAUUCAAAAAGAGGAAGCUGAACUUGCCAAGGCCAAGGCCAAGGCCGCUGCCGUUGCCGCUGCUACAGCUACAGCACAUGCUCAAUCAGCCCCAUUAUCGGCUAGCACUUCCACAGGUACCAGCUUCUCUCCUAAUUUGUCAUUUGCCAAUGCUUUAGCUCAUGCAGUGCCAAAGGAGGAGACCACUGCUUGGACAACUGUUGCUUCUGCCAAAAAGACGCCAUUAAAAACAGCAACUGUUUCAAGCACUUCUACAGGGGUACCAGCAUCCAAGCUAACCCCUCAAUUGUUACGUAACGUGUCUGCUGCAAAAACAAGCACUUCUUCAGUCAAUUUACAAGCUGUUAGAGAAGACUUUUUAGUUUGGGCUAGAUCGCAAAUGACUAAUCUUUACCCAUCAGUAUCAAAGAAUGACUUAUUAGAAAUGUUUAUCACAUUGCCUCACAAUUCUCCCGAUACGCAACAAUUAAUCUCAGAAACCAUUUACGCGUCAAGUACCACAAUGGACGGAAGAAGAUUCGCCCAAGAGUUUGCUAAGAGAAAAGGCAAAGUGGAACAGACCUUGGGACGCGAAGCUGCCAAGGACUACACCAGCUGGUCAUCAGCAAUCAUUUCCAGUGCUGACAAGGUUCAAACUGUUGAUGAAGAUGGAUGGAGCACUAGCGUUAAAACUAAAAAGAAGAGUGGAUCUAGAAAGUGA